AUGUCUGGGCCUUUCCCGCGACCGCCGCCUCUUCCUUCUCCGGCUCCGACGGGUGUCUCUUCUGUGCGUUCUCGAUCGUCGAAGAGCCGAUCGCCCUCGUUCUCCUCGCAGAGCGCCCGUGCAAAGACUCUCGCCGCUUGUGCACCGGCGGCUCUUCCCGUGCUGCCUGCGACUGCUGCGUCUCCAGCGCGGUCUGCCUCGCCUUCCAAGGCGCCGGGGAGUCUGCGGCCUUCGGUCCCAACUGGUGCACAUGCAAAGGACAAACCUGGGCCCCCGAGCCCUCGCGGCGCCACGAAACGAGUGUCCGAAGCGCCGGCGAAAUCUGCGAGCUCUCCUGGAAAAACAUCCACGCAGCUGCCAAGGAAGUGCGCUGGUACUCCCGUGAGAAAGACUGCGAGAGGAAGUGUAAGCCCCGCGUCUCGGAAGAAAGAGCCUUCGGCCUGUGCACCUAAAAGCAGUUCCAAGUGCGACGUCUCUCCGGCAGUCAUCGCCGCAUCCAUCGAGGAGGCGCAACGCGACGCGAAUCAGACCAGCGCCGCGGCUUCUUCGAUUCCGGUCUCUUCUUCGAUUCCGGUCUCUUCUUCAAAAUCGAGGGAAACUCAGGAGAGCGAGGCGGAGAGAGAAGGCACUGAGUCUGUGGCCUUGCCGAAAACGGAGGGCGAGUCGGAGACGCCUCCUGUGCCUCGGUCAACAGAGGACGGAUGCGAGGCGGAGGAAGAACCAGCUGCGACGCAUGCCGAGGACGAGGAGGCAAGGCGCCACAGGAGGGUCAUUGAACGUGUUUCUGAGGAGUUUCUCGCGUUCUCCUUUGGAGCCUCCCGAGACGUGGAACACCAUCCUUUGCGCGGCGUUUCGCCGCGAGAGCGAGCCGGCGACGAUCUCAGCAACAGCCACCUUGUUGUGUGCCCGAACCGCAGAGUGGCUGCGGGGGAGGCGCCUUCGAAUGCGUCGGCGGGGCCUACGUCAUGGCUCCACGAUCUCGGCUCUUCCACCAGAGCGACUCAUGAGAAGCCGUCGUCGACCUUCCCAUCCCUCCUCGCUUUCUCUCCGUCUCCGCCUCUCUCUCUCUCCGCUGCCUCCUCGGCGCCGCCGUCCUCUCCGCCUCGGGCGGCUUCCCGCCUCGCCUCGCCAACCUCAGCAGAUCUCUCCACCGCAGGAGACGCGUCUUCUGCGCGGCUCUCUUCUUCGGCAUUGUGCGAUUUCCAGCGCGGCGUGCAUGCAGCGCAAACGCGCUUUCUCGCGAGUCUCUCUUCGCCUUUUCCCGACGAGAGCUGCGUGCGCCUCUCCGGCGAGAGGGAAGGCGCCGACGCGCGCUUUUUCUCGCGUCCUCUCGACUCCGCGAAUGGAGAGAGCCAGAGCGGACACAUGGAGGAGGCCAGCACAGGCAAGAGGCAGCAGAAAAGCGAGGAGCCGAGAGACGAGAAAGAUGGGCAGAAAGAAGAGCAGAAAGAGGAGAAAAGGGGGGGUGCGAGGAGACACGGAGGGAGAGACAGGGAGACGGAAGAGCGCCUUCCGGAAUCGGCGUUGAAUCGCGUCGAGUGGGGAUUUGAGACUGCGGGCAAGGCAUGCUCCGCGUCUCCUGAGAGGGAAGGGAAAAGGGAAUCGUGUCUCUUUGACGGCAGCAGCUUCGCGGAGUUCACGCUGGAAGAGACUCGCCGAAACAGAAUCCAGGAAGAAGUCGAGAGACAAAAACGCCUGCUGCUCGGCGGAGACUCAACAGCCACGCGCGCCGCUGCCAUCGCCGGGGCUGCGGCAGCCGUCGACCGGGCUGACGCUGAGCGCCUGCAGCACGUAGUCGAAGUCCAGGACAGACAAAUUCUCUCCCUGCGCGAUCUGAUCAUACAAAAGGAAGAAGAGACCGACAGCCUACAGACUGCACUUCGUCUCGCAGCAGAAGAAAACGCGCAGCUGCAAAAUCAGGUGAAAGAGACACAGGCGCUGUGCCUCGAACUGAAGGAUCAGCAAGACCAACUCGCCGACAACUUCUAUCGCGACGCUCACAGGCACCAAACGUCGCUCAUCGAGCUCGCAAACACCGAAGCUGAGGGACGCGAACUCGUCGUCAACAAACUUGCCUUUGAAUCGGCGAAACGGGACCGAAUCAUUGCAACUCUCCACGCGCAGCUUGCGGCGAAGGAAGAGGAAAUCUACGAGCUGACACACGCCGUGGACGAUCUCCGAGACUGGCAACAGAAGAUGCAAGGAGGACAUGUCGCAGCCGUCGUCCAGAGGCAAAAAGACGCGGACGCUCGUGUGGCGCUCGCCCAGGCCGAGUGUCGUUCUCACAUCGCCGACAAGGAGAUUCUUCUUCAGAGACUGCGGCAGGUUGAAGAGGCGAUGAAGAUAAAGGACGAAGAAAUUUCCGUGGCGCACGAACGCCUCCAGGAGCACGAGGCCGAGGCGCAGAAGCUGUCGCGCCAAAUGCAGAGUAUGCAGUUCGACGUGGACUUGAUGCGCCUUCACAUGGCUGACGUCAAGAAGACGGCGAAGAACAGCGACCGAUCUCGCAUGCGUCUGCUCAUAUAUGGCCCGUGCCGUGUUUUGUUCUCUGCGUGCGUCUCCUUUUCUCUUUUGCCGCUUCCUUCGCGAAACCCAAUCUCGACACACAGAGAGGAGGCGAUGGAUGUGGAGCUCCAGCGCCAAAGAGAGCGGGAUAAACAGAAACUCCAAAUCGAGCUGGCCCGCCUGGCGGAGACCAUGACAGAGAAGACGGCGCUGAUUGAGGAGCUCGAAGCGACUGUGCGAAAUCUGCAGAAGGAGAACGCGCGUCUCCACGAGGGGAUCGCAACAGUCACCGACGCGCUCAGAAGCCGCGAGCGGGCGCUGACGGAACUCCAGGACCAAUUUGCGGAGUUGGAGGCGUGCGCGCACAUCAACGACAAGUCCGUGCAGGUGGAGCUCCUACGGCGCGGGGAGCGCGAGUUGAAGAAACGUUUGGCCGAGCAAAUGAGUCAAAACGACGUUCUCCAGCAAGAUUCCCUGAUUCUUGCUCAGACGCGUGCGGAGAACUUGAACCUUCGACUUAAACUGGAAGAAUGCGAGACCGCGCUGCGGCGACAAAGCGCGCAGCUGGCUAUUAUCCGGCAAGCGCAUGCAACCAACCGCAUCGGCGCCUUGAUGGACAUCAUGGGAGAUGGAAAAGACUUUGAUAUCUCCUCCUUCGUUGCCUCCAAUCCCCUUCUCCCUCUCUCGUCGCGGGUUCCUCCUUCUCCUCCUUCUCAUCUCCCUGGUUAUCCUUUUGCUUCGUCUCUUCCUUCUCAUGCUGCGUCCUUGCGUUCGCCUUCUCUUCCGGCGAAGCUGAAGGCAGGCGCAUCCCGAGAUGCUUCUUCUCUUCCACGUCCGUCCUGCGCUUCAUCUGUCACCUCGUCCUCCCCGCACGCUGGCCUCGCCUUGGGCAAGGUGGGAAGUCCUCUCGUCUUUCCUUUUUCCAGCGAUCAGCCGUCGACGGCGCUCCUGCCUGCGGCGGGCUCUCACUCCCCACAGACACGCGGCGAGACGGGUGAUUCGCACGAGGCAACGAGGCUUCUGGUAAAGAAAGAAGAACCCUACCUCGGCUUGCUCACCGACGCCGAGAAAGCCUCCGUCUGCAUGCGACGGGCGUCAGACGCAGAGAGCGACGACCUCGGCAAGGCACGCGCACACCAAAAGGGAGAGAACGAAGGCGAGAACUGCACGAGAUCGCAAAGUCGAGGAGGGAAGGCUGACGACUCAGCCAGUCGGGAAGAAAAGAAAAACGGAACAGAGAGUGACAGGACACAGGACGUUUCUGCCGAGGCGACGGCCGUCGUUUUGACCCGCACAGGCCGGGAGACGGACGGACUCAGACACCCAGAGACACAGCCUGCCUGUGGAAGCAAAGAGGAACCAAAACGCAACGCGCUCGUCCCAUCGGGCUCCUGUCUUAAAGACCGCGUUCCACUUCCCUCCACAGUCGACGCCGAAGCUGCCACGAUGAACAAGAAGCUGGACCCCGUUGAGCGCUGCGUUCGCGAGUGGAUGAAACACACGCUGCCAGCGGGCGCCCACUUACCCCUCGUGAGAAUCUCCGAGGGCGUCUACCUGCAUGCAGGCGAGAAAGUCAAGGUCCGCCUCGUGAAUGGCGUUCUUAUGGCUGAAACUCCGGAGGGGUUGAUCACGCUCAGGACGUUUCUGGAGAAGGCGACGUUUCCCCCUCCUCGUGCCCCGGCGGCUUCUCUACAGAGUACGGCUCUCUGA